ACAAACAGACACCCGCUAAACCCUAAAACACUUGUCGUAAAAGAUGUCUUCUUUAAUAGGUACACUAGAGGCUGACGUGGAAAUCAGUGCUUCAGCCGACAAAUUCUUCGGGGUGAUGUGCACCGCCCCAUUCAAGCUGACGACCAUCGUGCCCGACAUCGUUAAAUCAUGCGAUUUGCUCGAUGGUCUGUGGGGAGCUUUGGGUGCCAUCACCCAAUGGACUUAUGUUUUCGGUGGGGUAACUCAAACUGUAGUCCUGGCCAUCACCUCGGUCAAUCCGUUCACCAAAUCCGUCACAUACGGAUUGAUCAAGGGGGACCUGUCGACUGAGUUCAGCACUUUCGCCGUCAAAAUCAACGCCGAUCAAAAGCUCGUGGGAACCACGGUGCAUCUGACUUUCACGUACGUGAAGCUGACCGACAAUGUUUCGACACCGCAGGCGCUGUUGGAUCUGGGAGUCGAGGUGAUCAAAGCGCUCGGUGCAUACCUCACCUAUGCUUACAAUGCUGUUUAAUACUGUGUUCGAGUAAAUAAGAAGCUGGUUUCGACAGCUUUCGCUAUGCGUUUAUGUAAUUUCGUGUGUGUUUGGGUGUGCUGUGCUUGAUUGAAGCAUGAAAAGCUUCUAUGUUUGACGUUGUUGCUUGAGCUAAUGUAUGGUGUGUUUGUAUUUGCGUAUGUAAUGCCCGACAUGAAAGGAAAGAUCUUCGAGA